CCGCGCUGUUGAUUAGGCGGUGUAGACAUGUCUGAUAGUGCGGAGUCUCCUACACAAACUCAGCGGGAUGAAAGCUCCUCACAGCAGCCCAGCGCGGACUCAGCAGACCCUGCGGUCGCAGAGGAGAAGAAAAAGAUUGACGUACUCUUGAAGGCGGUGGGAGACACUCCCAUUAUGAAGACGAAGAAGUGGGCGGUGGAGAAAGGGAGGACGGUGCAGUCGCUCUCUCAGUUCAUCUCACGCUUCCUUAAACUCGAGCCUGGAGAGCAGCUGUUCAUAUAUGUCAAUCAGUCGUUCGCCCCAUCACCAGACCAAGAAGUGGGCGUGCUUUUUGAGUGUUUUGGCAGCGACGGAAAACUUGUUCUGCAUUAUUGCAAGAGUCAAGCCUGGGGAUGAUGAGCUUUCAACACACACACACACACACACACACACACACACACAGAACUGAUCUUUAAUAAAGAACCAUCUGUUUAGAAGUUCUUCACAGCACUAAAAGUGGAUCUACAAAAAAUGAUUGAUCUCUGAGCCCAGAUUUAGAAUAUUAUGACCACGCCCACACAGUUUUUGAAGAGGUGUAAAGAGUGUAUAUGGUGAUUUGUGAGGAGUUUUUUUUUUUUAUCAUAUUUCUGGGUUUUAAACAUGUCUUGGCUAAUCGACUGAAUCUGUGUUCAGAGAUGAAUCAUAUUUGUUAACAAUGUAUAAUAAAUAAUGCACCUGCCUGUCUUGUGUUUAUUAUUUUGUUGUUUUUUAUUUUUAAUGGCUAAUUAUUUCUUGUAGCGAGUUGUUUUCUUUAUGUAAAUAAAUUAUUGUGGAAAUUGAAA